UUGCAUACUUAAAACGUUCUUUCUACUGCAGUCGACCACAGACAGACAGAGACACCAAUGGAGAGGCACAUCAGACAACAACUUGUCAUUGAAGUUAGAAUCAUACAGCAGAUAUUACCAUUAGGAGUCUGUUAGAAAGGUAUUCAUACAGUAGAAGUAAGUUAAUACUAUAAGUAAAAGUAAAAAUCAUAUAUAUUACAAUAAAAGGUCAGACAGUCUGAAUUAGUUGAUUAACUGAUUGAUUGGGGUCAUCAGUGAUAUUCGGUACGGUUAGUUAAGAUGGCCGACUACGUCAACAAACAGGUGAUUGAAUUAAAAGAAGUUAAUGAAGAAAACCAGAAUAGAGCAACGAGGAGCGUGAAGGCUGAGACCCAUCUCUCAGAUAGAAGACUAAGACUCUACAGGCUGGCUGCUGGGUGUUUCGGAGUGCUGUGUGUUCUACAAGUCACUCUCAACAUCUCCCUGAGGCUGGCUUUCUAUAACAGAGGCAAUGUGACUGCAGAGAAAGACCUGCUACAGACCAGUUACAACACCCUGAGUGAAGAGAGAGACCAGCUACAGACCAGAUACAACACACUGACUGAAGAGAGAGACGAGCUACAGAGCAGUUACAACACCCUGACUAAAAAGAGAGACCAGCUACAGAAGGAAAGAGAUGAUCUCACGUCAACAUUCUCUAAUCUGAAACAAACCUGUCCUGAAGGCUGGCAGAAGUUUGAAUCCAGUUGGUACUUCCUGUCUACAGUGACAAAUCCCUGGAGGGAGAGUAGACAGGACUGUCUGGAGAGAGGAGCAGAUCUGGUGAUCAUAAACAGUGAUAAGGAACAGGAGUUUCUCUUCAGCUUCAAUAAGAGAGCCUGGAUUGGUCUGACUGACUCUGUUACUGAGGGGGCCUGGAAAUGGGUGGACGGCACCGCACUGACCACCCCAAGUUACUGGUACUUACAGCAGCCUGAUAAUGGUGGUGACAACCCAGCAAAUGGGGAGGAGGACUGUGUUGAGCUGAACACAGAAACCUGGCGUCCUGUAAAGGCAUGGAAUGACCAGUCAUGUUUAGACAAUCGUCAUUGGAUUUGUGAGAAAAGUGGUUUAACAACACCAUGACAACAGAGGAGGCUGGUGGGAGAACGCGCACACAUACAGCACCUUACAGUGCACACAACUUCAUUCUCUCUCUCUCUAAGACACAGACACACCAACACACUGCUGGUACUCUACUGAGUGGCAAACAAUCUGAUAAUGGUUGUGAACCAGGAUAUACUGUAACAAGGACUGUGCUGAUGUUAAUAUUGGGUAUUCUGAGUCUGUAUAUAAAUAUUAUGACAUAGCAUUUACCUCUCUUCAUAACUGGAUUUGUGAAGAGUUAUACAGUAGCUCAUUAUAUAGUAGUGCUACAGUGCUAAUGCAUCUCUCUCUAAUUAAACAGUGUGUAGACAUAUUGUCAUCUGUAAAAUGCUUGUAUUCAUUGUUUAAAUAGAAACAUAUUAUGUGA